AUGGCAAGUGAAGGUUUGGCUUUUGCGUUCAACAUGAUCAUGGCAUGCUUUGCCAUCUGUGGAAACGGUUUGGUGAUUUUCGUCAUGACGGUCAGACGUAAACAGUUCAGCUCCUUCACAAACCGACUUAUCCGUCACCAAUCCAUCAUCGACUUCGUCUCUGGUUUGGUGUUCCUCGCUGUGACUCGUAGCAUCCACGUACAAUCUGGUGGUGAUAUCGCUGGAGCGUUUUCUUGCCACGUGCUAUCCGGUCAACUACGCAACUACUGCUCACUCUUCAAGAUCAAAGUUUCAAUGUGUGCUGCUUGGGUCAUCGGUUUCGCCUAUGCGAUAAGGUUUAUCAUUUUGUACAAAAUCACUGACAACAAGUGCGGCUUUGAUUAUUCCAUAAGUCCCACUGCUAGGAUCGUUCUAUUCAUUUUGAUCAUGUUGGUGGAGUACAUUAUUCCAGUGAUCUUGAUAUCGUUUCCGUACGGUAGAAUACUCCUCGUUCUUCGACACAAACUUGACAAUGCUAACGCCAAUCAGCAAAACCGUAUCUUGAGCAAGGCCAAAAGAAACGUCAUAAUUACGUUGUUGAUUGCUGGUUUCAUGUUCUUCAUUUGUUGGACUCCAAUGCAGACGUUGCGGGUGUUCAUUACCAUUGGUGCAGUUUCUUCAAGCUCAAGUUCGUUAGUAACUCUCCUGGGUCAGGUAUUUAUGGGUUUGAUCAUGUGCAACAUGUGCGUGAAUCCAGUCGUUUAUUGCUUCAAGUACGAGCAUUUCCGCACACAGCUCAAGCAACUCGUAAAGAAGCGAUUUCGCCAUAACCGAGUGCAUCCUGGAGUGGAGUCUACUGGUGCGCCCUCUUUGGCCAUAGACCCGAUUCAGCAAACAGCAACAGCACAAGCGCUCUAG